ACCAAAGAGAGUAUCAGAUAGAAAUAGUUCUAAUAUUUUGUACAACUCACAGAAAUUGCAUGAGUUUCGAACAUGGCAGUCUUCCGAAGUACACUGGUUCUGUUACUAAUCAUCGUCUGUCUCACCACUUAUGAGCUUCACGUCCACGCUGCUGAUGGUGCAAAGGUCGGUGAAGGCGUAGUGAAAAUCGAUUGUGGUGGGAGAUGCAAAGAUAGAUGCAGCAAAUCUUCGAGAACGAAGCUAUGCUUGAGAGCGUGCAACAGCUGUUGUUCCCGCUGCAACUGUGUGCCACCUGGUACUUCUGGAAACACCCACCUUUGUCCUUGCUACGCCUCCAUUACCACUCACGGUGGCCGCCUCAAGUGCCCUUAAAAUUUCUUCUGUGUCUGUUUCUGUUUCUACUUCUAUUUCGAAUAUAUGUACAUGUGUGUGUACGUGUGUAUGUAUACAAGUACUGCUAUGUUUUGGAGGACAAAAGUAUAUGUAUGAGAAGCUAUAAACUAAUUAGAAGUUGAUGGUUAUGCGUAUU